UAAAAAGCUCCACUCCUCCCAACAACGCAAACGUCGCUCGUCGUCAUUCAAGAUCCACCCACCCACCACCAUCCAUCCUUGAUCCAACACCAACACCAACACCAACACCAACACCAACACCAACACCAACACCAACACCAACACCAACACCAACACCAACACCACCCAGGAUGGGUUGCUCAUCGAGCCAGCUGCUAGACGCAGAGACCCUGGAAGAGUACCAGGAUUGCACCUUCUUCACAAAGCGCGAGAUCAUCCAUGUGUUUGAGCGGUAUCGGCAGCUUGGCGGCAAAUCGCUGGAGGACUCCCUUGCCAUGAACCAGGUCCUGGACUUGGUGGAGUUGAAGGAGAACCCGUUCAAGGAACGCAUAUGUCUUGUGUUUUCACAGUUUACAGACGGGGAAAAGAAAGGGCACAUCUCCUUUGAGGAUUUCCUGGACAUGAUGUCCGUCUUCAGUGAGGGCGCGACCCGCGACGUCAAGGCCUCAUACGCGUUCCGCAUCUACGACUUUGACGGGGAUGGGUAUCUCGACAAGAAGGACCUCAUGGACACCAUCGAGUGCCUGUGCGGCAAGGACGGCCUGAGCGAAUACGAGCGCGAGCUUGUUGCCGACAAGAUUCUGGAGGAGGCAGACCUCGACGGCGACCACCGUCUCUCCUAUGUUGAGUUUGAACACGUCAUUUCCCGCGCACCCGACUUUGUCAACACCUUCCGCAUCCGUAUCUGAGCCGCACGACAGGAGAGAUGGGGAGGGCGGAGUGCGUGUGUUUAUAUGUGUAUGUGUGUGUCUGUUCGUGUGCGUGUGUGUGUAUUUCUGUUCGUGUGUGUGUUACGUGUGUGUGUGCUUGUGUGUGUGUGUGUUACGUGUGUGUGCGUGUGUAUUUCUGUUCGUGCGUGUGUGUGUGCGUGUCAUCAUUGGUGUUUGUCAUUCAGACCCGCUUGUUGCUUGCGUUGCUACGUGACAUUCAGCAGUCCCUCACAUGCGUUUGUUUUGGAGUGCAUUGAUUGUAUGUGUGCACUGAUGUUGUUUGGUCUACCAGCACGUGCGUGUAUGUGCAUGUGUGUCAACUCCUGUGUUCCUGCCCGUUGAUUGACUGGUGUUGGUUGAUUACUGCUUUCUUGUCCAUAAACCAACGCAGGGUCACAA